UUUGAGUUUGUAUGAUCCAUAUCAUAGGAGCUAUAUACAAUCUCAGGAUUUCUAAUGGCAUGACCUGAUAGAGAGUAGCUACAUUUUCUGGCCUUGAAAUGAAGAAAAUUAACAAGAUGUAAGGAAGUUGAACAUACCUUUCCAUGGCUACCUAGAUGAUGAUACUCAAAUAGGGGUCAAAAUGCUAUCUCAAUCAUCAGGUCAAGGGUAUAAUGAGUUUCUUGUAGAGUGAUGGCAACAGUCACAUAGGACAUAAUUAUCAAUGAGCACUUGGCUGUGAGAAAUAAAAUAGCAUUUGUCAGAUGUGAAAAGAAGUUAUCUAAUCCUGAGCUGGGAAGAGAGGUUUCUAAUAGCAACAGAUGCUAUGCAAAGGUCUAUGCCAAAGAACUCUCCCUGCCUUGGAUUCAUACUUCCUAGAAGCUGAGGCUAACUUUCAUGCUAUGGAGACACAAACAAAGAAAGUGAUUCUCUCUUUGCAAUUUGCAUCAAUAUAAUUAGUAAGCAGCAAGGUAUCAAUUGUGGGUGUAGGCAAGAGCUUCAUCUAGAAAGUUUCUUUGAUACCUUCCUGCUGAAAUAUUUGCUUUUGUUCUACACCUGUUCCAACAACAACAUCAGAACUACAUCAAAUUCUUCAAUUAACUUGGAAAAAGGCAGUGAGAUAUUGGCACUUGUUGCGAGGCAAUGAAGGCAAUAAGAAAUUAACUUAUCCUGAGGUGGGGUGAGGCUUCUAAUGGCAAAGGAUCCAGCACUAGUGUUUGAAUUGGUGGAAUUCAGAUGUCUCGAUAUCUCAUGAGCUUAUCUACUUCUAGAAACAACCAAUUGAACUGAUAAAUAUGGAAAUUGAAAAUCUGAAAUGGAGGGCUGUUGUUGUAUCUGCACCAAGGAAUCUUGAGGAACAGGGUAAAUUAAUUUGCACAUGAGUUUUCAGCUGUUUGUCAGAAAUAAAUAAAUAAAUAAGCUUUAGGUACCAUGCCAAUGCCUCCUUUAGCUUUUCUUUUAGGUACUAAAUUAUUUUUCAGUUGGUACUACAAUAGGUUCUUUGAAAUUGAAAAUCUGAAAUAGAGGGCUGUUGUGGCAUCUGCACCAAGGAAUCAUGAACAACAUGGUAAGACUUUUCAGACAUCUAUAAGACAAAAAAUUUUUGCAUUAGGUGCUUUCCUAUUUUAAUAAUUCUUCUACACCGAAGCCCUUGUCAUGUAUACUCAAAAGAUGCAUGUGGGAGAGUAUAAUAGAAGAUUGGAUAAAUUUGUGCAGUGCAAGUCUUGCAAAGUAACCAAAGGCUUUUAUUUUUAAGUUAUGUGUAGUGAUAAGUUGGCUUUUGAAUUUCCAGAUAUGAUUUAUUUCUUCUCUAAUUGAUUUCUUUACUCAGGUCAAUGGCAAAGAAUUUAUCUCUUGCUAUGAACUCAAACUUUAUUGAACCUGAGGCUGAUUUUUUCAUGUGAAGGAAACUCAAGAAGCGAUGCAAUUCUCUUUUUGCGUAUUGCAUCUAUAUAAUUAGCCUUGUUUGCUGGAAUAUUUGCUCUUGUUCUGCACUUGUUGCUAGCAAAACCAACUGAACUGCAUCAAAUCCUUUUAUUUAACUGGAAAAGGACUGAGAUAUUGGCACAAUCCAGUGGAACCACAAUGCUAAUUCCAAACUAGGAGUACUGGUAAUGUCAUGGAGUUCAAAUUACAAAGAUUCUUUGAGACAGACCAUCAAUCACACCAAUGGUCGAUUGAGACAAGGACAAUGUGUCAAGUGGGAUAGAACUUUUUUCCAUGUGAGAUAAGUAAAUCAACAUAAAUUACAUAGUCUCCAAGGGGAGUGAGGAAGCAACAUUUAAUCAAACCACAAACAGUGUCAAAAUGAAUGAAGCGAAAGCUUCCUGUCAGUUCUUACCACCAUCACAUGUUAUUUUAUUAAUUUUAUCCAACUUGAGUAAAUUUCUGGAUGAGAAUUUCAGGUAUGGAUUUAUUUUUUAUUCCACAUGUGCAUGAUACUUUUUCUGAUUGUGAAUUGCACAAUAAAAAUACAAAUCUUUGUCAUCUCAUCCCAAAAUGGCUGAAAUUGCCCUCACCUUCCUUGGCCCUGUUCUAGAGGAAGCACUUUCCAGGUUGACUUCAUUUGUUGCUAGUUGGCUCCAGAAAGCAGGAGGUUUCGAGGGUGAGGUGAUGAGACUUAAACAUUUACUUGAGUUCAUCCAGUCUGUGGUCGAAGAUGCCGAGGCAAAACAAGAAAGUAAUGGGUCUGUAAGGCGUUGGUUAGAAGACCUCAAAGAUUUAGCUUAUGAUGCGGUGGAUGUACUUGAGGAGUAUGAUUAUGAUCAUCAUGAUCAUCACAAAGUUCAAACUCGAGGCAUAAAGCAGAAAAUGAUGGCACUCACCUCUUUUACCUUCGGUUCUCGUAUUGGUGACAAAAUUAAGGACAUUAGUGUGCGCUUUGAUAAAUUGAAAGAGCGUGCAGGUCCACUUAAUCUAGCAUCAAGAUACCAGUGCCAUCCAACUGCUGGGCAAUAUCCCAAGACAGACUCCUUUCUUGAUAAUUCAAAAGUUUUUGGAAGGGAUGGUGAUGCCUUGGGAAUUCUUAGCUUGUUGGACAACUUAAAGAGGGACCAUCCCAUCUCCGGUGUUUCUAUAGUUGGCAUGGCGGGCCUCGGGAAGACAACAAUGGCGAGAUCAAUAUACAAGAGGGCAAAGGAAGAAAAACUCUAUGAUCUUGUAGCGUGGGUGUGUGUCUCUGAGGACUUCAAUGGCCAAGCAAUCUUGGGGGAGAUGUUGGAACACUUUAAGGAUGGUGGUGCUUCAAGGAACAAUAUCAAUGUACUGCUUCAUGAUCUUGCCAAAGUGCUAGACAACAAAACGUUUCUUCUAAUUCUUGAUGAUGUGUGGAAUGAAGAUCAGUCCCAGUGGGAUGAUUUCAGCUCUCGUCUCUCCAAAAUUUUGAAGAUAACUGGGAAUUCUAUUGUUGUAACAACUCGUAGUUUACAAGUAGCAUCUGUUAUGGAGAGACUUCCUAUGCAAAACUAUGAAAUGCAGAAGUUAUCAGAUGGGGAAUGUUGGUCGAUAAUUGAGGAGAGAGUUCUCAGAUCAUCUAUAGAAUCUUCAAUUUCUUUGGAAUUGAAAGCUAUUGGACAAGAAAUUGCCAAACAGUGUGAGGGCUUGCCGCUAGUUGCAGCUGUCAUCGGAGGAACAUUGGGCUUUCAAAUUGAUAUAGAUAAGUGGUUGGCUAUCAGAAAUAAUAAUGCAUGGAAUUUAGAUCCCCAUGAGAGAAAUAAGAUUUUAUCUGUGCUAAAAAUAAGUUUUGAUCGUUUGCCUUCACAUUUGAAACGAUGUUUUUCGUAUUGUUCAAUAUUUCCAAAGGAUUUUGUCAUUGAAAAAGAUGAUUUAGUUCAACUUUGGAUGGCCCAGGGAUUUCUACACCAACCUAACGAGAGCUCAAUGACAAUGGAGGAUGUUGGUAAUGAGUGCUUUCAUGAUUUAUUAUCUAACUCCUUAUUUCAAGAUGUGGAAAAAGAUGAAUAUGAGAAUAUCAUAUCUUGCAAGAUGCACGAUGUGGUGCAUGAUUUGGCAUUGUCCGUUUCAAAAGGUGAUACUUUUGUGUGGGAGACCAGUUGCAAAAUUGACCAAAAUGCUAAAAUUCGACAUUUGAGAGUUAAGCAUCACAGAAACGAGUGUCUAAUCAUUCCAAGAGGAGUUGCUCAAAGGUUGCAUUCUUUGUUCUUGGAAGAGGUUGAUGUUUUCAAUUCUAAUGCUUCUGAUCUCAAAAGCCUGCGUGCUUUAAAAAUAGUUGGAGCUAAGGGGGAACAGUUGCCAGAUGCUUUUAGCGGCCAGAAGCAUUUGAGAUACCUUGAUGUUUCAGAAACUAAUAUCAAAGCACUGCCAAAAUCUUUCACCAAAUUGUAUAGUUUGCAAACCUUAAAACUUAUUGGUUGUGAUGAUCUUCAAAAGCUUCCUGAUGAAUGGAGAAAUCUAAUCAGCUUAAAACAUUUUUAUAUUGAUGGUUAUAAGGGAGAGAAAUUUCCAUCAUGGUCGUAUAGGGGUGUCAGUUUUUCUGAUGGUAUGAAAAAGGUGAAAUGUAUGGGCAGUAGGUUCUAUCUUAACAAGGGCAACACAACGAGUAGUAGUCAUGGUGGGGGAGAAUUAAUCACACUUUUCCCGGCAUUGAAAUUACUCUAUAUAUUCAACAUGGACAGCCUAGAGGAAUGGGCAGAAAUGGAAGAUAUGGUUGUGUUUCCUUGCCUUGAGAUAUUGCAAAUUAGCAGUUGUCAUAGCUUGAAAACUUGGACAAUGGGUGGAUUUUCAUCUCAGCACAAGCUCUGUGAUCUGCAGAUAUCCUACUGUGAGAAAUUGAUGGCUAUCCCAAACAUAGAUGGGCUGCUCUCUUUUAAAACAUUAUCUAUUGAUCGUUGUCAAAAGUUAAUUUGUCUACCAAGUGGGUUGGGAACUUGCAUCUCUCUCCAGAGUUUGUCCAUUUGGUACUGUUCCAAUCUAAUUUCUAUUGUGGAAGAUAUUGGAAGAUUGCAUUCGCUUACUGAUUUGGCUGUUUGUGAUUGCGAAAAGCUGGUGAGCUUUCCGGCUGAGUGCCUUGGACACCUCAGCCACUUGAAAAUGUUGGAGAUGGGUCCCUUCUAUUCGGAGUUGGAAGAAUUCCCAGGACUUACUUCCAUUCAUCACCUCCACGCCUCUCUUGAAACACUGGAAUUGUAUGGAUGGGAUAAGCUAAAGUCUUUACCACAUCAGUUGCAACAUCUCACUGCCCUCAAGAAAUUGGAGUUACGGACCUUCCAUGGCCUGGAAGCUUUACCAGAGGGGUUGGGUAACCUCUCUUCUCUCUCUACUUUAAGUAUUGAAUAUUGCAACAAAUUGAAGAGCAUUCCAGAAAAUAUUGGGGAAUUGCGUUCUCUCACUGUUCUUAAAAUCCUUAAUUGCGAAGAAUUGAGAAGCUUUCCAGAGGAGUGCCUUGGUCGCCUCACCCACUUGAAGGAGUUAUAUGUGGGUCCUUUCUGGUCAGAGUUGGAGGAAUUUCCUGGAUUCGCCUCCGUCAGUCACCUCCACACUUCCCUUGAAAUUUUAGAUAUAAGGGGAUGGGAUAAACUAAAGUCCCUUCCACAUCAACUUCAAUAUCUCACUACCCUCAGAGAAUUGUGGUUACUCUCCUUUGAGAGCCUGGAGGCUUUGCCAGAAUGGUUCCAAAACCUCUCUUCUCUUCAAUAUUUGGAAACUUGGGAUUGCCCUAACUUAAUGCAUUUCCCUUCUGUUGAAGUCAUGCGCAGCCUCUCCAACUUACAAUCUCUAUAUAUUUUGAAAUGUCCCAAACUGAAGGAAAGAUGUGCCAAAGAGAGCGGCCCCGAAUGGUCCAAGAUUUCUCAGCUCCCCGAGAUCCACAUGUGUUAAAUACCGAUUUUUUGUUGAAGGAAAACGGGAUAUGUCAGCAUGCAGAGUUGGAAUCGCAACCUGUGGUGCUCGGAAUUCAUCAAAAUCUUGCAAGUCCUCUUAUAACCGUAUUCCUUAUCUUCUCUCUUUCCACAAAUCAAAUAAUCUCAUUUUGUAAUUUUUUUUUUUUUUUUGAUAUUUCUUCCAUUUUAGAGGUCCGUUUUUUCCCUGCAGUUCUGCUUUUACAUCUCAAGGAAUUUUUUUUUUAAUUAAUUGAUCUUCUUAUUUAUUUCAAUUUUUUUCUUCCUUUUUUUUGUUUGUUAUUGUUCAGUAAAUGUUGUAGCAAGUACCUUCUCCUGCCUUUGGUUUUCUUCCAUUAGGUACCCUAUUAAAGCCUCAUUUUGGUUUUCUUUUCGGUACUAAACUAAUUUACAUUUG